AUGUCCGGUGGGGCCCCACUGCCGCCGUCGCAGAUGGACCUGCAGAAGGUCGUGGAGGUGCAGUUUGAGAUGUUUAAGGAAAAGCAGAUUAAGGACUACGCCGUGUGUCUCGUGGAGCACGCCAAGUCGUACGAGCGCGGCCAACCUGUGCGUGGGGGCAUUAAUGAUCUUCGCAUGGGAACCACCGACUUUGAGUUUGCCUGCGAGACGUGUCACCGAAAGCACCCGGAGUGCCCCGGUCACUUUGGCUACAUUGACCUUGCGGAACCUGUUUUUAACAUUGGUGUCUUUGACAUUGUGCUGCAGGUACUAAAGUGCGUGUGCAAGUCCUGCGGUGCACUUCUCAUGGACACCAACGACCCGCAGGUGCACAAGAAGUUGCAGCACCUCACCGGCGUGAAUCGCCUGCGCCAAGUGGUAAAGAUGUGCGGCAUGAAGUGUCGCAUGUCAACGGAUGCCACAACGCCCGAGGAGGCGGUUGUGGCGCGCGGGUGUGGCGCAACGCAGCCUCGCAUUGGCCGCUACCUCGGCAUUUACCCAACCCUCAUCAUCAAGGCAACGCUGGAGGAGCAGGACAUGGUGUGGCACGCGGACACCGCGCGCCAAGUGCUCGACCGUGUCUCCGACGAGGACGCGCGGGUGAUGGGGUUUGACGCGUUGCGCUGUCACCCACGCGACCUCGUGCUGACGGUCCUGCCGGUGCCACCGCCGCAAGUGCGGCCCGCCAUAUCGUUUGGCAGCCUCAAGUCGGAUGACGAGCUCACGCAUCAGAUUAUGUCAAUUGUGAAGCGCAAUAAUCAGCUGCGGAAGGACAAGGAGUCUGAUGUGCAGGUGGCAGUGGACCGCAGUCGCGCGCUGCUGCAAGAGCAUGUGGCCGCGUACUUCAACAACGCUUCCAUGUACUACAAGCCAACGAAGGUGAACGACACAAAGAAGCUCAAGUCACUGACGGAACGUCUGAAGGGAAAGUACGGCCGUCUACGCGGGAAUCUGAUGGGCAAGCGCGUGGAUUUUUCUGCCCGAACUGUCAUUACAGGCGAUCCGAACAUUGACGUGGAUGAAGUUGGUGUGCCCUUCUCUAU